GACAAUAGCUCAAACACUAUUUUUAGUGCGUAUCAUUAAAAUCUCAAACCACACAACCUUAUCUCUUACCUUCGUUGUCUUAAUAUGAAUUAAAAAAAUAUAUCAGUCAUAUUGCGAGUUACCGCGCAACGCACGAAGACCUAUGUAUCUAUAACAAUAUCCUACCGUCAAAAUCGAUACGCCACAACGAGGCAGUACACGCUGUUGUUUCGAGUGAAUUAGUGCCCGUUUAGUUGUCGCUAGAGUUUUUUUUAGUGUAGUAAACAAGGGAACAUGUUUUAAAUUAAACAUAGACUAAAUUCAAUCAUGGAAAGUGUGAAGCGAUACAUACGAAGUGAAUCCGCAAACUGUGCACAAAUGGUCGAGGAGCUCGGCUCGAACAAUAGAAAAAGUACAGAUCCCCAUGAAAAAUUGAAGGCGCUGCUCAAUUCUCCCGAGGGGGAAACAGACGAUACCCUGCCCCCAUCAGACGCCCCGAAAUUCGGUACCGUCAUUCACAAUAGGAUCUUUGUCGGUGGAUUCUCCUUGACGACAACAGAUGAAGACUUGUGGAAGUUUUUCUCGGGCUUCGCAACCGUCACAGCCGCGAGGGUCAUCUACGAUAGAGCUGGUGUUUCAAAAUGCUACGGUUUCGUGACCUUCGCAAGCCCUCGGGUUGCGAGAUUGAUAGUCAAGCAGAGUGGUGGCGUUAUGUUUUCACCACUGGGACGUCUUCGUGUCGCUCAAGCUGUAAGAAAGCAGAUAAGUCAACUUCCUAUGCUGACAUCUGAGGCCACACCUCUCCAAGCACCUCUCUGCUAUCAGCUGAUUUGCCCUCCUCUGGCACCAAUGCCAGCUUGCGCGCCGUGCGAGAUGCCACCACCACCUUACGCUGUUUAUCCUCUACCGUUUGAUACUGCACCAGCAUUGUAUGCUCCGCCAGCUCAGUACGCGCUGUUACCGGCACCUUAUAGCACGGCCUGCUGCGAACCGACAUGUUGCGCGCCAUUGGACAAACAACCCCGCGUGCCUGCCCCUCCACUUCACCCCGCUUUUAUUUACUGACUUUAUCUGAAUCACCAGCUAAGAUAUAAUCGUUUAGAUUAAGUUUUAUAGCUGUAUCAUUAUUUAUAUUAUUAUAAUUGUCAGGUCCUGACGAAUAUUUAAGGUUGAUUUAAGGUUUUAUGUUAUAACUUUUCGCUCAUCAAAUUUUCAGGUUCUGAAUUUAAAAAAUCAAUCAUAAGUCAAAUUAUUUUGAAUCAAAAGACACAGACGUCUCGUCUCGUUAGGUAUAUAUAAGGUAUUUAUAAUUGCAAUAUAAGUCGCUUUUUUAGACAUAUUGUUAGAUUUCUGCAAAAAAAAACUAUUCCUUUCGCUCGAGUCUUCCAAUCUUUAUUAUGCUCAAUCAAUUGAUGUGUUUCUUAGUAAUUUUAUUUCACAAUACAUUUGGAAACGGGAUUGGAUGGAGAUGGUUGGGGUUUUAAAGUGAUGCAAAAGAAGUGUUCAAGACUCUCGUCUAUUGGGUGUGUUUUUGACAAUUUUGUCUAUAUCUGGUUGUACCUAUAUCUUAGAUAAAUAAAAUGUUAUACAAUAAUUAGCUUCGAACAGAUACUUAUAAGGAAGUUUAAUGUGGAUUCACGUGCUAUCAUUAAUUUAAGGAAAAAUUAUUUAUCACAACGUGUUAUGUACUUUCAUUGAAUAAUAAAUUUGAGUUAAAUUAAAUGUUUCAAAGAAAAGUUUUUGAGAUUUAGCAUUACAUAAUACUGCUUCUAUUUUUGAAUCUUUCUUAUCAAUAUUUUUUCAUCAUUAAAUUACGAUAUUAUUUCACUUUCAAGCAUAACACGUUUUGAUACGAUAUAUAAUAAUCAUAAAUAAAUAACUUUAUCAUUAAAAUGUGAGUGCGAUAGAACGCAACGAAUUAAAGCACAAAGUCGAUAAGUUGCUAGUAUUAGAUGAUAUUGUACCUCAAUAAAAGACAUUUGUUGAUAUCGCUUGUUAUCCUUAAAAAGGAUUUACGUUCAUCAAUAGAAUAAGAUUGCUUUGUUGCCCUAAGACCUAGAACAGAGGAAAAUCUAUUUUUUAAACGUUUUCGUUACAAUCGCAAUGAGACAAAUCUGGGGUCCAAGGUGUGAUAGAUACUCGAAAUUUGAAAAUUUCUCACAUAUAAACAUACAAUUGACAUUAUGUAUAUUAAUAUUGUGAGAAAAAUUCAAAAUUUAAGUUAUUGUAAUCGUUGUUAACUGUUAUCUUGGAAAAGGAAUUUUAGGAAAUAGUGUCGUCACCUCAGAAAAUUCUAACAUAGUCAUUGCAAAAUUUGAUUCCAUUAUCUGUAUAAAGCAAAUCUUUAGCAAAUACAUUUAUAACCAAAUGUUUUUCACCUUCCGUAGAUGACUAUAUUUCAUUAAAAGUUAAAGUUUUAGCAGAGAAUUCAUUUUAUACUUAAAAAUUUGUUUCAAUGCGAAUCACACUAUGGAUGAUAUCCAAAAACAAUAAAUAGGACCAAAAUGCAAGGCAAUUGACAUAUUAUGCUCGGUUGACAUUUCUAAUUAUUUUAUUAUCUAAAUAAUUUAGAUGCAAGCUUAGGGCAUAUAGCACUAUAUUUUAUAUUGUCUUUGAAUAAGAUAUUAUAUCCUUAAAACUUUGAUGUAACUGUGCUUAAUCUAAAGCCUGAUAUAAAGCUGAACACUAUCAAAGACUAAAUGAAUCAUAUUCUCGUGUUUCAUUUCGUAAAUAGUAGUAAAGUAAUGAGAAAUACAUUAAAUGUUACAUUAAUAAAGUUCAAUAUAACUUCGAUGUUGUUGAUAUGAGAUACCGUUAUUUUGUUAAUAAAUCUCAAGUUAGUUGUUACUGGAUCCUUAAUAAGAUUUUGAAAUUUUUAAUGUACUAUCAUAUUGAUGUUGCAUAUUUGUAUGUAGACAACAUAUUAGUGUUUAACGAAAUAAUCUAUGUGUACUUAAUUAUUCUGCCUUUAAUGUAAGCUUCGUCACAAUUACAAUGACAGCAGCAACAGUUUCCGUCAUGAUGUUAGAUUCUCAUUCUUCUACUAACAAACUACUGUCUUUCUUCUUAAUGAAAUUAUUAAUCAACAUCAGUUUAUAAUAGAUAGAAAACUGCCUCGUUAAUUUCGUGGCUAACUAAUAAAACUGCAGAUUCUAAAGCAAGAGUAAGUUUGGACAAGUUUUUUGGUUUUCCUGUCAAAAAAAAACCUCAAGUAGCAGCCCAGAUUAAGAGAUUUGUGUUUACACUGGUGCCUCAAAAAGCAGGUAAAGCUAUUACGCCUGAACUCUUUCCGUUCAUGUCGGAUUUUUCCCAUCGGAUUGUAAUAGCGAAGGAAUGGAAUGGUCUGCUAUAAUAUGCACAGUUGGUUACUCUCGCUUGACUUUAGCCAUGACCUAAAUGGAUCCGGUGGACUGAUCAAAACAUAUAUGGACAGAUUUUAAUCCUUAUAAACUGAGUUAAUUAAUAAUUCUAAUUUAUCGUGAUCUUGUCAAUAUAAGCAAUGUAUCAUAUUAAAUAUGUUAACCUGAUUUGUUCCGCUAAUUUUAAUUUAGUUGAUACAGCUAAUACCUUUAUCAAAACAUUUUGAGGAAAACAGUUGCUGUAUGUCCGUCAGAUAUGUGUAAUGUAACGAAGAACGUUGUCAAUUUAUUAACUUGGACUAUAACCAUAUUGUUAGGACAGUAAGUCUAUCGCUGUACGAAUAAUUUGCUUAAUUGCUCAAUUUUAUUUUCUUCAUAAACCUUUCAGACAAAAAUCCGGUCUUUUUAACUUAUGUGAACUUUUUAACCGUCAAGUGAGAUAUUUUCGGUAUGAGAAAGCUAAAUUGUAUUCGAUUAAAUUUUGUUUGCUUUGUAAGUGUUUUAAUGAAUUUUAAUAUAAGAUAUGUAUAAUUAUAUUGUCUUACAAAUAAAAAAAAAUCUCUAUGACAACAUAGAGAUCAUUGCUUAAAAUUUUAUUGUUAUAAAUGGAGAUAAUUUGAAGAAAAGUUUACAAGAAUCACAAUAUCGUAUCCUAAAAUAUUCGAUAAAAUUAUUAUCAAAGUAAAAUAUAUAUAAAUCGUUACAUAUAAUUGAAAAUAUAAUUAUAUUUCACAUCUCAAUAAAAAAAUAUUUUAAUAGAGCUAUUCUGUAAGGACUUACAACUCAACGCAGAACACGAUGUCAGAUUUACAUAAAUAUAACAUUUUAAUGAUCCACGAUUUUACAACAUUUACACGAAAGAUACACAAGGUCAGUUCUCACAAAAUAGCUCUGCUGAGCUGAAAUUAAAAUUUAUCUACUUUAUUAGUUUUCAAGAAACAAAUUCGACGUUUGGUCGACAUUCCAUACAUUGCAAUAAUAAAUCUAUCACAAUUUUCUUGACAAGACACUUACUGCCUGACAUAUCGAAAAAUAUAUAAUCACUACGCUAUUUUUCUUGUAUUUAAUAUCUCGCUAGGCGUAUAUUCGUGACUAUUAAGCGAUGUAAUUUAGACAAUAUUACGUUAAACGAACAUAGUAAUAAUUAUAUUAUUAAAUAUUAUUAUAUAUUUAAUUAGAUUAUGUGCUUAGCGUCUAAUGUGAUCUGUCUGUUGGUUAGGAUUAUGAAUAUUGUUCAUGUUAUCUAUUUCAGCUGCAACCUCUGUUUAAUCUUUUAUUUUAAGUCAACAGCAUCCAAAAUCUUGUAAACUUCAAAAGUUCCUUGUUAAAUUUCGUUUAAUUUUUAACCUAUUUAAAAAACUGUUAAAUACUCAAUGAUUUUAACAUCAAUAUUUCGUGUUAUAUAAGUUAAACAGUCCCGUAUUGUUAAUAGAAUCGUUAGAUGAAACAGAAUCCCAAAUAUCUAAAUUGUCCACAAAUUUCUUAGUAUUAGAUACUUUAUUAACAAUUUUAUAUAUAUUGCACUGAGUAGCCGUCCUUUUCGUUUGUAAUCCUAUAAAGGGUUUGUCUUGAUACGGAAUUCUACGAUCCGUCGAAAUCGAAUAAAACAUAACAGGGACUAAGACAAUAUCGUCGAGUUAGUAAGAAUCCGGUAGAUUUUUCAGAAUAUUUGCAUUAUUUGCUUCUUAAAUAUGAUGGGAGUUACAAGCAAAGUGAAAUAAUUAUUUUUUAUUCCAGUUUUCCUCUUUCAAUACCAACAAAAUUCUAAGAGCGUUAUAUGUGAAAUAUAAAAAUGUAGAUAGUUUUGUUUUAAUUUAGUGAUUAAAUAAGUGAUAUUUAAAUCUGUCAUAACUAAUGUAUCUCACACACGACGAUUAAAACUUUUCGUGAUAUUCAUUCUGAGUUAUUGGAUUCAAAUCAUACAUAUUUUUUUUAACUUAAAAAUUUACAUCGUCGCUGCUUUUGCUAGUAAGAGUAUUAUUAAAAAAAUAUAUAACGACUUAGUACAUCUAGUUAUGAAAACUGCCAUAUUCAAAUAAAUAUUUCAAAUAUGUCGAUGUGUAUUGUUCUCGUGUUGAAUAUUUAUUUAUAUCCGAUAUCAUCGUGAAAUCUAAAAGGCUUUUAGUCAAACACUUUUCCCUUAAGCUAGAAACGUUUUUGAUAAAUUUACAUCUUUAUAUUCCUAAUCUUGUCUGUCAUUGUCUUUGCCCUUUUAGAUAUUGUAUUUGUAUCGCGAGUUAUUCUGUUGAUGGUGUUUAUCCCCUAUUCCUAUAGACUUUUAAACGUUGACUACUUUUAAGACUUCGUAAUGCUAUUGUAAUUCUGGUUUCGAAACCUAUUUGAACUGUAUGUAUGUAUGGUUGUCCAGGACAACUUAAGAUUUAUCUUUAAACAGUGAUUUGCUUCCCAAUUUCUCAUAACGUCACUUGUAUAAAAUUUUAUUAAUAUAUUUAACGUAAUUAAUUGAUAUCGUUGCAUAUUUAUUCAUAGAUUUAAAUAAUCUGUGAAUGAUUUGUUACGAUCAUCGAAAUUACAUUUUUGAAAACCGUCUUUGAUAAAAUUUAUAAUUUCUAAAUCAAUUGUAGAUUUGAUUGAUUUUGUUACUAUCGAGCUGUGCAAUUUUCAAUUUAAGUUCGAGGAAACAAAAUACUAUUUUUUUCAUGCUUUUAAAAUAUCUUCAUCUUUAUCUUAAGAUAAAGCUUUUAGAUUGAGAAACUCUUCACAAAAACCAAAAAAAAAAAACAAAAUAAUUGUGUACGCUAUUUACUAAGUAAGCUAUAUACGUAAUGAUUCUCCUACUAUUUAAAUGUAUGUGUUUAGAUUCUAUCAAAUGUAGAGAAAUAAAAGAAUAUAUUCCAAUAUUUGUCUGUGUGUAUUUCAAUAUAUAUAUAGUUUUAUCAGACGGUGUUAGACGUAAUGACGUAGGAAUUCGUUGUGUCACCUGCGCGAAGGAUAAAUUUGUAUGUAAAAUGUUAAUAUAUGUCUCAAUUUCAGCAUUAGUAUCAACAUUGAUAAAUAAAUAAACUGUCGUUUAUUUGUUUGUCCGUCUUAUUAAACUUAUAUAAUAUGAGCAUAGCCUUUUGCGCCAUCGACUUAACUUAUUGCAUAAACGUGAUCAUAUUUAAUCAUUACGCACAUAAUUAUUACAUACGAAUUAAUAUUAAGCGAUGUAUUUUAUAUAAAUAAGCCAUCAUCGAAUGUAUGUAUGUAGGUGAUUGUUGAUUGUUAUAUUUAAUAUAAACUUAUUGUCUAGUUAUAUAUGUGAUAUUGUUAUUGGAAUAAUAGAUAUUUUAAACGCUAACUUAAAUUGUAACUUCUAUAUUCUUCUUGUUGACUUUUGUGUAUUAGAAUAAAUCGUAAUAAGAUUAUUAUUAAGAGAUUUUAAAGAUGUUACGUGGUGUGUUGCGAGUUAGGUAAAUAGUUUAGGUGAUUAGUAUAAUGUGUGUUAAUUUAAGAGGUAAUUGAACUGUUUGCGUUAUUGUAGCUGAAGUCAUGGGAUCACGCUGAUUUUCUAUGUUUCCGUCUGUUUCAUCAAUCUUUAAAAUAUAUACUGCUUUUUCCGUUAUUAUUUUCUUAUGUAAAUUUAUUCAUUUGAAAUUAUGUGAAAGAUCUUUUGGUUUUUUUUUUAUUAAUAAAGAAAUUAAUAACACAAAAAAAUAUAAUAUUUUUUUUAGCUGAUUCUUCCAGAUUCGCUACAAUUCUGUCAAACGCAUGUGUUACCUUGUCUUAUAAAAAUCUAUCAGCAAUAAAUAAGAAACGAUUUUCAUUAUAAAAUAUAAUCUAAAAGCUUUUGUGAUUUGUUAUGGAUUUUUUUCAUUUUCUAAGCUAUUUUUGUAGAUAUAGAUCUUUUCGAUAAAUAAAAAAAUUAAACUCCUGUUGAAUAAGAAAAUGUGACUAGAAUUUUGUUAUAUUACUGUUAUAUAAUAUACUAAACAAGACCAAGUGAAGUAAAAAAUCUGCCACACUUGAUUGCAAACAAACGAUUCCAACUACUCCCUUGUUGAUACAUCGUUUGUUAGCAAAGAUGUGGCAGUAGCUUUACACUUAUUGCGUAGUCAAGUGCAAUCUCCAAUAGUUCAACUUUAAAGGCAAAUUAGAGAAUUGUUAUAUAAAUCAAUAAUCAAAAUGCAUCGAAACUAACUCGGUACUGACAAUGUUAUGCUUUUUUCUGUCUCUCUCACUCUCUCUUGCUUAUUAUUAAUGUAAUAUAUAUGAUAGUGACAAAGAAUAAUUAUAUGUUAAUAUUUAAUUAAUAUAUUUAAUAAUAAAAGACAUAUUAAUGUAUUAUGUAUUGUAAAAGAAUUAAGGUAUAAAUUAUAUUUGAAAUUUCACUUAUUAUCUGAAGUGCAAUGUGUUAGCUUCAUAAAGUUAUAUACAUGAAAAAUUGAUCGGUAAAUGAAAAAAUGACGUCACAAUCUAUGAGACGAAUCAAUCAAUCACGAAUUGUUACAUCACAAAGUGCAGCAUUUGAUAAAAAUAUUCAUUUUAUUCCUAACACGCACAGCUAAACAAUUGCAUAGAUUUCUUCAACUUUCUCGAAAAGAUAACAAUUAUUGUAUCAAUAGUUUAAGCUACCAAAUUAUAUAGAAGUGACGUAUUAAUUUGUCCCGGUAAAGUAAAAAAAAAAAAUCGUAAAAUACCGCGGAACACGGUAGAGCAAUAUCAGAUAAUGACCAUUAUUAUUAUAACAUUUAGAGCACACACGCAUUAAAAUGGCGUAUCACCGUGUCGUUUUCAACGUUUCACGAGUGAUAUAAAGUGAUUUAUUACAGAACAGCACUGUUAGCUUGUAAUAGUAUUAAAGCAUAUUUAUUUUGUAUGUUACAAAUAAAAUACUUAAAUCAGACACAAGAUUAAGCUGUAUAAAUGUUCGAAUGAAAUACUUCAUACUUAUUAUAAUAUUUAUGAAACUAAGCUAGGAAAAUGUUCAAUAUAUAAUACAUGAAAAACGCAAUUAACUAUAUAUAUAUAUAUAUAUGUGAUCAUAAAGUUAUUACCUAAACGGAAUAUACACGUAGAUAUUACGUUGAAUACGUUCAUAGUUUUUAUAGAAAUGAUGUUUUAUGUCACUUUUUUUAUUCAACACGGCGUUAGUCCAUAAUAUUCCAAUAUACCAAAUUCAAAUACCCUAUUUAUAGAAAUAAGAACAAUAAAUAUUGAAGCAAUAACAGAUUAAUUAUUAAUAAGAAUA